AUGUCAUCUCCAUCUCAUACUCCUCCUUCUAAACGUUCAUUACGUUCCCCUCCUUCUUCGUCUCGAGUAAACCCACCCAGCCCUGCAUUCUCACGUCCACCAUCGACAACGAAUUUUACGAACUCACGAUACCCACCUGUCUGCUCCACAUCCUCUGGGACUGGAACAGUACGAAAUCUAACGACACCCUGUCCACCAAGGUAUAUACCUUCUACACCACCUCAGCAGACUCGAACACAGCUCACAUCACCUGCAUCCACUUUGACUCGAGCUGUCGAUACUGCCUUACCACUCUCACCCUCUAGCACAGUAUAUUACUCAUCACCUCCAUCAGCAUUUCCCAAUCAUUUCGAACUGCCUGACCGGGACCACACUCACGAUCUAGAUUACGAACUUACACUUAUCACUCCCAGAAGGGUCCCACCUAGUGUUACCGAAAGAGAAUCACCUUUUCACGAUAGACAUUCGAUCCAACAGUAUACCCACAAUCACGGUAGUAAAGCACCGGAUAUGGAUAUAGAUAAUGAAGAUAAUGAGGAGGAGAACAGUGACGAUGGAUAUGACCGAUUUGGAUAUUCCGAAGUCAGAGUAUCAGGUGGUAAACAACGUACCAUGCCAGGAUAUCAAUUCGCAUCAUUAUCGCCUAGAGGCCUGAACGACAAAGGGGAAAAAUUAAGUUUUGGUCCAAUGUUAGAUGAUCUAAAGGAGAAAGAUAGACCAAUAUCCGAAUAUAGAAGAUCUCUCUACCCCUCUGCUACACCCAUACCUCCUUCGACAUAUGAAAAUCAUCCUGAUCUUUUACCAUUCAAUUCACAGGAAGAUUCGGGACCAACGGAUAAAUCACUGUUCUCACCUACUUCUUCAACUUCUUCAAAAUUACCAGAAACUCCCAUCGAUCCUGUCCGACCGACAUUCCGAGGCCUAUUCGCCCUAUCCACACCAAGGGAAUAUCUACUGUUUUUGAUACCAGCGAUCAUAUUUUCUAUACUCUCAGCAUUAAUCGCACCAUACAUGUCUUUAGUAAUAGGCGACGCGUUCGCCAUCUUCGCUGCAUAUCCGUCCUUCACGGAACUUGCUACGGACACCGAUAAGAGUAUUUUGAAAGAUGGUGUAAGAGAUACGUCCCUGAAGUUGACCAUAGCCGGUAUACUAGGUGUGAUAUUCAAUUAUUUCAAAGGGACGUUUUGGGUCUGGUAUGGUGAAUCCGUUGCUGCCAAGUUGAGGGAAUUGGUGUAUGAGGGUGUACAGAAUAAAAGUAUGGAAUGGUUCGAUUUGGGAAUGGGGAUGAGGGAUCAGGAUCAUACUAACGGUGGAGAGAUGGGCAACGGGGAGGAAAAGAAAGAGGCCGUUGGUGUAGGAGGACUGAUGUCGAAAUUUACCAGAGAGACAGAUGAUGUCCGACUAGCCACAGCCAUGUCAUCCGGUGCAGUCGUGAUGAACCUCGCGACAUUCGCUCUGUGUUUUAUCCUAGCGAUGAUCAAAGCUCCCAUCCUCGCACUUGUCACACUUUCUACCAUCCCAAUCGUGGUCCUCACUCAAAUCAUCACCCAGGUGUUCGCUGCGCCACUACACGCUUCCGAACGAAGGGCAUUCGCAGAAGCCUCUACCAAUGUCGAGCGAGUCACAUCGGCCAUCUCCACCGUCAAAGUACACAACGCCCAACAAGCCGAGGGAGAUCGAUUCUUGAAUCUGAUCGGUAAAGGUAAAACAUCAUUGAUCAAACAAGGUCUGGUAUGGGGUAUAUCAAGUGGAAUGACGGAUUUUCUAUUACUUGGAACGUUUGUUCUAGGUUUCUGGUACGGAGCAAAAAUUGUCCGAGAUGGUAAAGCGUCAAGUGGAGAUGUCAUGACUUGCUUUUGGGCUUGUCUGUUUUCCGCUACAUACCUUCAACAGGUCGUUCCUCAUUUGACGGGGAUAACCAAAGGUAAAAAUUCAAUGGCAUCUUUAUUGACGGUUAUCCGAAAUGAUCCAACGAGAGAAUCGAUCGUUGCUGUUGGCGAGAAUCCUUUCAAUUCACCUACUUCACCUUCAUUCCCUCCUCCAUCGCCCACCACAAAGACCACAAGAAAUGGUAUAUUCGGGAAGAAACACACAAGAAGCUCAAAACGAAUCAGUACACUACGAGGUAUAACACCUAUACGUUGUCAUGGUGAAUUCAACUUCAGCAAUAUAUCAUUCUGUUAUCCCUCCCGACCUGAGAAUCUCGUUUUAAGAGACAUAUAUUUAUUUAUACCACCGGGAGAAACGACAUUUAUAGUAGGUGGAAGUGGAUCUGGGAAAUCGACUAUCGCUCAGAUUUUACUAAGAUUACACAAACCCCUAACGGGCGAAAUCAUAAUGGAUAAUCAAAAUUUCAGUUAUAUCGAUAUGGGAUUUACACGAACGCAUAUAGCAGCUGUUCAACAAGGCUGUAUAUUGUUUGAUAUGUCGAUACACGAUAAUGUCGCUUUGGGUCUGGCUGGUUCAGGAGGUGAUAAAAAACCUAAGGAUGUGAAGAGAGAGGAGGUCGUGGAAGCUUGUAAAAUGGCUAUGAUACAUGAUUUCAUCGAGUCACUGCCUGAAGGGUACGAGACGAAGAUUGGUUCAGGUGGGAAUAGUUUGAGUGGUGGUCAGAGACAGAGAUUGGCCAUCGCCAGAGCUAGGAUAAGGGACCCUACGGUUUUGAUACUAGACGAAGCGACCUCAGCCCUCGAUCCCACGUCUCGUAUUCAAGUAUUCCAAAACCUCAAAAAAUGGAGACAUAACAGAACUACCAUCGUCAUCACUCACGACUUAUCUCAAAUCAUGUCAGAUGACUUUGUCUACGUCAUGUCCCACGGGGUCAUCACCGAACAAGGUUUCAGAAUGGAUCUGAUGAAGAAGUCCAAUGGGGUGUUUGCUGGAAUGGCUGCCGAACAAGCCAUCACACCUUUCCCUACCAAGCGGAUUUCGGACGAAACGAACUGGCAGCAAGGAUUAGAGGACAUAUUGGGUAUGGAAGACGAGUUUGAUAUUGAAGAAUUGAUCGAUGAGAGGAGACAGUCGUUUAGAGCUAGUACACCCAACUUCGCCAGGAUAAGCGCUAUAGGUGGCAGCGGAAGACCUGAUAGUACCUACAGGGACAUACUGGAUGAUUACUCACAUACAAGAUCGAAUAACCAUAAAAUUAUCCAAACUCCUGGAUCAAGUAAGAGGUUGAGUAGAGCUCAGAAGAGUUUGACUUGGACACCCGAUGACCUCGCUGGAUCAAGAGCACCGAGUAGAUACAGUGUUAGUAGACCUGAAAGUAAGAUGUCAAGGAGAUCUUCGUCAUUCGGUAUCGAUCAAUCACCUCAUCCGACUAUACGAUCAAGUUUCGAAGGUAACAGAGUGAGACCCAGCAUCGAAUCCUCUAGAUUACCCAACGCACAAGCUCAGAUCGCCGUUACUCCGCCUCAGACUCUAGAUAAGGGGUUGCUCCACCCAGGAUGGAUAGAGAAAGAUAGUCCCGCAUCACGUACAUCCGUCUCAAUCCGACAAAGACAACAGCGCACACUGAGUGAAAAUCUCGAAGACGAUCUCAAAGCUUCUUCUUCCGACGCUAACAAUGCAGCCAUCACUACAUCAUCAUCGACCGUACCAGUUCCAACUCCAAUACCAAGCAUCACGUCCCUGAUCAAACUUCAUUUCCCUACCAUGCCCAACAAAUACCUUCUUCUUUUAGGUUGUCUAGGCUCGGUAGGACACGGAAUAACCACACCCGUAUGGUCCUUCUUCCUCGCCAAACUGAUGCAAAUCGUCGGUUCAGGAGGAGUAGAUACCCACUCUCUGACGAAAUUCGGAAUGAUCGUACUUGCCCUAUGUGCCGCACAGGGUUUAUGCGAUUGUCUAUCGGAAUGGGCACUUGUUUCGUUAAGUGCAAGAUGGAGUUAUGAAAUUAGGAAAGUGGCAUUCGAUAAGAUGAUCAAACAGGAUAAAUCAUUUUAUGACGAAUCGAUCAAUUCAUCUUCACGCCUAGUCCAAAUCUUAAUCAAAGAUGCAGACGACGCUAGGACACUAAUGUCCCAAGUGAUAGGCAAAAGUGUAACGGUGAUCACGAUGAUUGGACUAGGUCUGGUAUGGGCUAUGAUAGUUGGAUGGCAAUUGACGUUGAUUGGAUUAGCACUGGGACCUCUGUUUGGAGGAUUUCUGGCAUUCAAUAGUUGGAUACUGGGUAGAGUGGAAAUUUCCCAUAAGGCUGGGAGAGAGGCUGUUGCAAGGACUUUUUACGAGAGUAUCGCGAACAUCCGAGGCAUCCGAGCUAUGGCUCUUGAUUCGGCUUUCCAAGCUAAAUUCCAACAAGAUGCCAUCAGAGCUAAGCAAUUGGGUGAUAAGACGGCUUGGACGCUGGCUAUGGGUGGAGCUGUUGCAAGUGCUUUACCAUUGUUUGCUCAAGCUCUCAUGAACUACGCCGGAUCAGAAUUCAUGAUGAAGAAUAUAAUGAACUAUGAACAAAUGUUACAGGUCUAUAAUUUGGUCUUGUUCAGUCUGACUUUCGGUUCUGGUAUGCUUGAUUUCAUCCCGACAAUGGCGAAAGCUCGAAUAGCAGCUAGAGAUUUCAAUCGACUGUAUCUUCUACCUACUUCAUCGACUGACGAGUCCAAGGGAGAUCUCAGAUUCCCAAUUAAAGGAUCAAUCAAAUUUGACCACGUUAAAUUUUCAUAUCCUACACGACCCGACGUACCGAUCUUAGAAGAUAUAUCGUUCACACUCAAGCCUGGUGAAUGCGUUGCGAUAGUUGGUCCAAGUGGAAGUGGAAAAUCGACAAUCUCAUCACUCAUUCAACGGCUAUAUCUUCCUACAGGUGGUAAGAUAAUCUUAGAAGAUAAAUACGAUUUACAAUCUAGUGAUAUCAAAUUCUUGAGAAAUAAUAUAUCGGUAGUCUCUCAAUCUACCAAUUUAUUCGAUCAAACAAUCGCCGAGAAUAUCUCAUACGGUCAUAACUCCACUACCAAAGGAGGGGAGUUGCCGAUAGGGGAGAUACAGAGAUCGGCUAAAUUAGCUAAUAUACAUGAAUUCAUCAUGUCCCUUCCGGAAGGGUAUGAUACAAACCUGGGUGAAAAUGCAGGAUUGAUAUCAGGAGGUCAAGCUCAAAGAUUACAAAUUGCCAGAGCAUUAUUCAAGAAUUCGAAUAUAUUGAUUCUGGAUGAAUGUACGAGUGCACUGGAUGUGGAUAAUGCUAGGAUGGUUUUGGAUACGAUUGUAAGGAUAAAAGAUUCCCGGACAACCAUCUUCAUCACUCAUUCUACUGAAGCCAUGCGACGAUGCGAUAGGAUCAUAUGUCUUGGUGAAGGACGGGUGGUAGAAGAUGGGACGUAUAAUGAGUUGUUAAGUAAAGGUGGAUUCUUUGCUCAAUUAAUGUCAACUGGUGAAUGGGAAUAG